AGGUGUGUGGCGGAGUCUAUAUAAGAGCCAACAUUUGUGUUCAAAGGAGCUUCACUUACGCCAAAUCUGAGACAGAAGAAAGGAACCAUGCUCUCUCUGUUUCAUCUUUCUUCCAACAUAACUGAGAAGGCCAACGCCAUUCCAAGACACAACAACAACAAUAUUUUGGCCUUCGUUUCCAAAGCCCUUCGCAUUCUCGAACUCUGCCUCGCCCUCCUCCUCCUCUCGUGGAUCCUCACGCGCCUCCCCUUCGCGCUCGCGCUCUCCGCCGAGUUCCUCCGCCGCCUCUUCGCCUUCGCCGCCAGCCCCCUCUUCGUCUUCGCCGUCUCCAACGCCAUCAUCGCCGCCCUCCUCGCUCAGUCCCGCCGCCUCUCGUCCCCCCACUCCGCCGACGCACUCUACCGCGAGUUCCUCCAAACGCGCACCGCCGUCUCCGAACCUCACGCGCCGCCGUCACCGACACCGCCGGAGCCCGUGUUCCACGACAAGCAGAUCAUCGCCGAUAUGGUGCAGGACACGCCUUCCGCCGACGCCGCGGCUGCCGCGAAGUACCGCCGGAGUCAGUCGGAGAAGAUAAAGGUAGACGCUGCCGGAAAGCCGCCGCGCCGAAAACAGCUCCUGCGGUCGGAGACCGAGAAGCGGAGCGACAGCUCGCCGGAAAUUUUGUACCCGCAGGAUGAGCUCAGCAAUGAGGAGUUUCAACGCGCCAUAGAAGCUUUCAUCGCGAAGCAAUUGAGGUUUCUGCGAGAAGAGGAGUCUUCCGCCAUUGUUGUUCAGAAUCCCUCCUAGAUUUUAAAACCCAGGAAAAAAAAUAAAAAAUGCGCUCAAUAAUCAAAAUCCAUUCCAAAAAAAAAUUAAGAGAGAUAGUAUAAUACAUGGGCACUACUUGUUUCUUUCUUUCUACUCCAAUUAACUGUAGUACGUGUACAGUGUUGAUAUAUAUAUUUUGAUAUUUUCCGCACAAUCAUAUGUUUAUCUUUUAAUAAUUAAUAAUUACCCGUGUGUAAUUGUUAAUUUGA